CUCUCCGAAGCGUCUCCGUUCGCAACCUGUCUCUCCUCCUCGAGGGGGGCUGCUGCGAGGUGGUGCGCGUAACGUCAGUCUCUUCCCUCGUCGCAGCUCGUCGCAGCGUUGCUUUUCGGUUCUCCUUUCGUCUUCGCCAAAGCUCGAGAGAGAAUGGCGACCGCUACCAGCAUCGGGCUCUGUCCUCGCUUCUGUCUCGAGUUGAAGGUGUUGCCCAUGCCGCCUCCGAGUCGGAAAGAAGCGCGCGGCGCCGGAGCAAGAAAGGCAUCUGCAAGCCUUCGAUGGUGAUUCGGUCUUCAUAACUGCAUGCUCGUUCACACAUACGAGUAAAAAAUGGAGCGCAAUGCGCGUACGUUUCUGGGCAACGCCGACGGGUGCUUCAGGGCCAUGCGCCUGGCCGUCUGGAAGGCGACCGCGACCGCGCGAGCAUCACUUUGUGUGGCUGAGUCGCUGUGCAAUUUUUUCUGAGUCCGCCUGCCGUUUUUCUUAUCAAUUUGCGGUUUUCUCGUUCUUGAGGAAGCUCGCUCUUUUGAGGUCAGAAAAUACUUACCAGGGAGUCAUGACGGCAUGGGCGACCUGCUCUGCCUGGCAGCCUCGGCACCAAGAGCGAAGCCAGAAGCCUGCGCGUUUCGCCUGGUGAAAAAGCUUCCUUUUUGAAUGCCGGCUUCCACGCCUGCCUCGGACGCCUUGCCAGUCCUUCGGAGCUUUUGACACCGUCUUAAGGAGCUGCGCUCUUCGUCAUUUCCGGGAGUUCUCACCGACUUCUCGGCUUGCCUCGCCGCCCUGUUUCUGCUCCGCUUCUUCUCUCGAAAACGAAACACCAUGGCGGUGGGGAAGCGCCUAACGCGCCCCGUUCGUUUUCUAUCACAUCGCCUUCUCCUCGCCGUCCUCAGUCUCGCUCUCUCUCCUUUUGUCUCCUCCAUCCGGUCCCCUCCCUUCUCUUGCAUCUGCCCUGACUCCACAACUGCAUCUUCUUCUCUCUUCUUUCAUACGCCUUCUUCUCGUUAUUGUUCUUCUUCUUCCUCUUCUGCUACGUUUUGUCUCCUCUUUGCCGCCGUCUCUUCUGCGUUGUCUUGGACCCCGCAUGGGAGAGGCCACUGUCUCCAGUCUCCCCUGGCACGGGUGUCUCCUGUCUUUCCGACUCUACUGUCUGCCGAAGCUCUUCGAUUUCGAGCUCUACAGCCCUCAGUUCGGGAACCUUUCUUGUUCCGAUCUUCUUCGCCGCCAUCGCAUUCCUCUUCUCGCCUUUUUGCCGCCUCACCUUCGUCUUCGUCUCUUGGUCUGUGGUCUGUCAACUCUCUUUCCUCGUUCCUCGCAUCCUCCUCCUUCAGCCGUUUAGCCUCUCUGAAAGGUUCUCUCUUCCUUGCGGGCCUACUCAAACCAAGAGCGCCUCUCUCCUUUGUCUCCUCGCCAUGUCUGUAUCCCCCAUCGAGCUUCUCCAACGCCUCUCCAAUUUCGAAGCUUGGCAGUCUCCCUCCUUCCCGCGCUUCGUCGCUCUCGAGUCACCGUGUUCCGCGUCGGGUGCCGCGGCCUGAGCCGUCUUGUGGUUUUGCCUCCUCUCGCUCUCGAACUCUUUCUGUCACUCCUUCCCCGUCUCCCUUGCACUAUCUUCGCUCUGCAACGGUCUCCCCGACAUCCUCAUUUCGGUGCUUCCCUGGCCUCCCUUCUCCUUCAUUCUCUCAUGCGCCGUCGUCCUCUCGCGCAUCCGCGUCCUCCCCUCCAGACGAUGCAUUUGACGACGAUGACGAACCGCCCAUAAGAUUCUUCACAGAUUCCCCUCCUUCUCCUUCCUCGCCUUCCUCGCCGUCUUCGCCUUCCUCGCCUUCCUCGCCUUCUUCUGCUUCUUCUGCUUCUUCUCUCCCGACUUCGUCUCCUUCAGCGGCUUCUUCAUACGCGAGGAGUGAACUGGAGAUGUACUAUGCAGCUGCGCGCUUGCGUGGGGACGACCUGCCUCUUCCAGGCGAGCCUGUGUCUGCACCGUUUCCUUCAGCACCUCCAAAAGGAGCAACAGAAGCUUCUCUCUCUUCUCCCUCUUUUUCUUCUUCGCCUGCCUCGCGGGAGGCCGAAGGCGGACCAAUGCACACUGCGGAACGAAACCUUGCCCCCACAACUCUGUACAGGCGCGAGCCUCGUUUUCCCCGCGUAGAGCUGCACCCGAGAAACCUCACUGGAGCUCCCCAGUCGCUGCUCUCGCCCAAAGAGAAGACGUAUCUCUGGCGCCGCGGAUACUUCGAUGCAGACCAUUUCAACCUCACCGGCACAUGGAAGAACUGGCAUCUCCUCAAUCGAGGGCGGUGGAGAGAUCCGGGAGUCCAGAUGCUGCCGAACAUCACCACCUUGAGAGGCGUCGAGGAACCGCCGUAUCACCGGGUGCCUCUCCAGUUCUGGGACGAGGCCCGCGGCCUGUCGCACGACGUCCGGCACUAUCCGAUCUACGAGGAAUUUUACAAUUCGACAACGCUCGACCCCGGUGUAUAUACGCCAACGUACAAUCUGACUCUGCUUCCCUUUACGCCUGCCUAUGUGCCUCGUCGCGACCGCAUGGGUCUCCUGUACGGAGACGCUCGCAUCUUCGACACCUGGCCAUCGUGGACAGAGGAAUUCACUCUCCGAGUCGAGGAAGCCACCAACGUCACCAUCAUUCCGGAAACAGGUCACCUUUAUCAGAAGCUGUACAUCGGUCCGGUCCCUGUCACAACUGGGUGGACCAUGGGCUCCCUGAUCAAGGCCUUUGCUGCUCAGCGCUGUCCAGGGCAUGCAGUCGUGGCUCUGAAGCUGCAUGCGCCUCGGAAGCCAAACGCGGGAGGACGCAGAGGCAGGAAGAAGACUGGCGAAGGCGAACCGCAAAGCGCCGGUGGCGAGGCGGAGGCACCGAUGGUCACGCAGCUCCCAAACGUUCGCGAAGACCUUCUCGAAAUUGCCCUAAACUUGAAAGGAGUUGCCUUCGAGACGCUGCGUCCGCGGGAGUCUGCCUGCGUGCGAGUGAAGGCUGUCGGGCCGCAGCUGCUGGUGGCGGGGAUGAUCGACUGGCCGUCGUUUGUCCGCGUCGGAAAUCCGGAGCAUUUCAUCGCCAAGGUCGAGGAGGGCGGAGUCCUCGACCUCGAAAUGAAACUCGAGUGGGGCCGUGGUGCCUGGCUAGCCGACCUGCACGGGCUGUACCGCGAAGAAGAAGGCGUCGACACGCGGUGCUACAAGCGCCGGCGAAUUUGGGAAGUCGACCAUCGAGGCUUCUAUCCAACAAGCUGCAUUUUUGGUGCAUGCACCAUGAUGCGACUCGCCGUCCACAAACUCAUGGGGACGCGCUUCUGUCAGGAUCGACAGGCGUCCACGAAUCCGACAGAGCAGCUAGUUCUGGAAAUCUGGACGGACGCGUCGAAGAGCCCAAAAGAAGUCCUCGCUUUCGCUCUGCAAGACAUGCUGGCCUGGCUUGUCGACCUACGCAGACAGCUCGUUGAGGACGUCGACUGGAAAACCGAGGACGAAGACCUCACGGCCGCUUGGAAGCAUGUUGCGGCGUGGACGGAGGCGAAAGCUCUGCAGGACCGUCUGGGCGGCCCACCGUUGAUGGUUUGGGAGCGUCCGACUGAAGGCUUGAAGCUCGCAGAGGGCGAGAAGAGCUUCGCGAUGCCCGAGUUCAGACCCCCGCCUUGCUCCGUUCACCCUGUCGCUUGGCUCAAGCGGGAGCUGCGGCGGCGGCCGUACUCGGCAGACGGAUACUCGGAGGCCGGCGCCCCGCAGAGGCAGAAGAAAGGCGGAAAGCGAAACACAGUGCGAGGGCGUGAGCUGUCGGAAGAGGUCUCGACGCAGAGAGAGACGCAGUCUCGGCGAGAAGACGUGGAAACGUCCUCUGCAAUGGGAUCUCCGGUGGAGGCCGCCCGGGACGAAGACGAGCGUCGCGAAGUCGCAGAGCCGGGAGACCGAACGCAAAGCGCGACAGACAAGGAGACAAAGCAGAAGCUCAAACCCUCUGCGGUGGCGCUCUCGUCGAUCCCUGGCCUCUCCACCAAGGCCCUACAGUCCUUGCACGAGUUUGGUUUGUCGACCUUGGCAGAUGUGCAGGACUACACUCCGCAGCAACUGAGAAAAAUUCCUCACGUUGGCCCAGCCACCCUCGCUCUGCUUGCUUCGUUCCUUUCUCGCUACGCUGACGACGCUCCAGCUUGAGUCGGGCAUUCUCGAAUGUCAUCGAGCUCACUCCACUUCCAAUAAAGAAAGACAAAGACAACCAUAUACGUAAAUAAGGUUUGCUUUCCAUUCUCGCGUAUCGCCCGUCUCAGUAAAUGUAUAUAUCUAUAUCUAUAUAUAUAUAUAUAUAUAUAUAUAUGUAAUGUCGAUAGAUAUAUGUCUGUACGCGUCGAGGUGUGGCUUCGUUUUUCUGUAACGCACGAGCCUGAAGAAGAGAGAGGCAGUGAAGCACGGCGCGAAGCGUUUUGAGGUCGCUUGCCAUUUGCGGCUGUGCUCUGUUCUCUCUCUGCGAAAGCAUUCUUUUUUUCUUGUGUCUGCGUCGAGACAGCAGAGACUGGUGUUGAGCACUUGGAGGUUUCCCCACAGCCCGUGUGGACUGGAUGCGCGAUGGCGCCGAUCAAACGCGCGCCUGAGAGGAGAGUCGUUUUCUCUCGUGGUUCAGAGACGCGUAACAACAGGAAACCUCACGCCGCGCCUACAAAGAUUCGCCUCCAGGCACAGGUCUGAGGGCCAGACUUCAGUGGAUUCUCUCGGCCGCAAACGUCGUGUAGGGGGACUUCAUCAGAGACGCUCUGCGUAUGACUGAAGGUGGAGCAGAUCGAUUUUCUCUGUUGCAUUCGCACAUGAUGAAACGCUCUUCCGUAACGCCUCGUAUACCACGAGAUGCAAAUGCAGAUUCCCUCGUUCUCUGCGAUCGCUCUUGACUAUCGAGACUUCGAAAGACGCGACUCCGUAUGUAGACACGCACACCGAACUCUUGGUCAGAGUCUCCCAUGAAUCUCAGGGGCAAUUGCUCCACAUCGCUGAAGCAUGUGCAGUCUGCGAAACGCAGGACGCCUUAUAUAAGACGGGAAUCGAAAUUAUUAAGUAGGAACGCUGCGCAUCAGUUACGACAGGUAACUCGUGACACAGACCCCUGCUCCUUUCCUGGGUGCCUGGAACCUGUUCUCAAAGCAAUCGCCGCGCCUAAAAAUAAACCGAAUCCAGUAAGAAGGUGUCUGACGACUUGUUCCUCACCUCCUCUUCUGGAGACGCUGCCUCUUGAGCUGUUCGGCUCCCGCCCCAUGGGCGCAUGCAAUGGCUUCACUGCACUUUAAUUAGCGAAAAACCACCCGUAUGCACACGAAUUCUAAAAUGCGAAGGCAGGGGCGGAGCUCCAAACACACACGGAGACUCCAGCAGCAACGCAUGCCAGUCGGCACCCGCGGGUGCAGGUCAGCGCGAAAAAGUCCCUCUACAGAAAACGCGUCCUGUUUCUUCUGAAAGGUAACAAAGUCGCUCCUCGCCAAUGCUCGUCCGGCCCUGAGCUGAUGUGUCAAGAAACAUGUGUGUAUAUCUGUGUAACGUUUUAUAUUUAAAUACGACUAAUGUAUAUAUAUAUAUAUAUAUAUAUAUAUAUCAUGUGUACAUCGUUCUCUCUCUCUAUAUAUAUAUAUAUAGAUUGUAAUUGGGCGUUCGCGCUGUGUAUGCGCAGUUUUUGACGGCGUCUGCUCGAGUGUGCGGUUGUCUUGUUCGAGAUCAAAACAAAACUUGCGCUCUUAAGGCCCUGCUGCACGGUUUUCAGCGAGCUCUUUCUGACACGGAGAAAAAUGGCAAACGCGGCAGACAACAGAGACUCACUCUACACUGUCCUACACCUCUG